UUUUUUUGGGUUACGGAGCUCGAGCCCAUUUGUCCAGGACUCAUGGAUCAAAUUCCGGCGGCAGCACGCAGGAGCCACGCGCGACCCUUUUCCGUUGAGCUUCUCUCCAGAAAACGCAAAGGAACAACAUAAAAAUGGCAUUGUCCGCUCUUCUUUACGUCAAUUCCAGUUCCUUCCCUCCUCUUCACUUCGCCAAAUCUCCAAUUCCACUUAAGAAAACCCUAGCUGCUCCUGCCCCUAGUCCUAGAUUUCCCAAAAUGUUGCCUUCGCCCCACAGACCCCAAGCAUUCUCCUUGCAGGGAGCUCUAUCGGAGGCGAUGAAUUUGAUCCAAUCAUCGCCGCCCACUUGGCGAUCUGCUUUCUUCAACAACUUGUUGAUAUUCACUGUGGGUUCUCCUAUUCUGGUCUCUGGGCUUUCUCUAUCUGGCAUUUGCGCUGCAUUUCUUUUGGGCACUCUCACUUGGCGCGCUUUUGGGCCUUCUGGGUUCCUCCUCGUUGCUUCUUAUUUCGUUAUAGGCACCGCAGCUACGAAGGUGAAAAUGGCGCAAAAGGAAGCCCAGGGAGUGGCUGAGAAGAGGAAGGGAAGAAGGGGACCUGGCAGUGUGAUUGGUUCCAGUGCUGCUGGUUGUCUCUGCGCUUUUUUGUUGAUUAAUAGAAUAGGGGGAGAGGCAUUUUCUCGGCUUUGGGAACUUGGAUUUGUAGCCAGUUUCUGUACUAAGUUGAGUGAUACUGUCUCAAGCGAGAUAGGGAAGGCAUAUGGAAAAACUACGUAUCUUGUUACAACAUUUAAGGUAGUUCCAAGGGGAACAGAAGGGGCUGUAAGUGUUGAGGGAACAUUAGCUGGAUUGUUGGCAUCAAUUCUUCUUGCCUCUAUUGGUUGUUUCAUGGGUGAGAUACGUGCUGCUGAAGCAGUUAUAUGUGUGAUAGCUUCCCAGAUUGCUAAUUUUGGUGAGAGCAUAAUAGGUGCUUCACUCCAAGGCAAGGAAGGAUUUCAAUGGCUUAACAAUGAUGUUGUCAAUGUCCUUAACAUAUCUAUGGGGAGCAUUUUAGCAGUCCUGAUGAAGCAAGUUAUGCUCCAGAACUUUGCACUCGUAAAUCCAUAAUUUAACAUUAUCAAGCUGUACAUACGUUUCAUCAAUGAAGAAAGUGUGAUAAGGGAUAUAGGAAGACAUUUUGCCAUGUUUUACUUCUGGCAGUUGUUUGAAUUACAGGGUUGUGUUCAAACAAAGUUACCCUCCCGUUACAGUUAACAACCAAAGGGGCUUUUGUAAGUGUUUUGUUUAUUUUGCAGAUAAUAUUCCUUGUAUGGUUGUAAGAUCCUAAACUUCCCACAGUUUAUCUGUAGUAUCAUUAGCUGACAUGCUAAUUCCUCAGUUCAAACAAAUGAAUGAAGAACUUUCUUCUCAGA